AUGUCCCUCGAGGCAUCAGACACAUGGAAGAGCCUGCCACACAAAGACCAGCUCGCGGUCUUGACAUUGUGCCGGGCCAUUGAUUUCUUCCAGAUAGUUUCGUUCCAGACCAUCUGCUACUACCAGCUCAAAUCUUUCGACCCAUCAGCUACCGAGCAGGUGUUGUCCUGGCAGACCGGAGUCGCUCUAGCUAGCUUCACCGCAAGUCAGUCCUGCACGGCGAUACCAUGGGGAUAUGUCGCGGACGCCAAAUGGGGUGGGCGAAAGAACGUCCUACUGAUAGGAUUGAUGGGCACUAGCUUAUCGUGUAUCGGAGUGGCCUUUUCCACGUCCUUUGCUAGUGUUGUUGUGUUUCGCGCCAUCGGGGGUGCCAUGAAUGGGACAGUCGGCGUCAUAAGGACGAUGAUGUCUGAGGUUAUACGACACAAGAGACAUCAGUCACGAGCAUUUUUGCUCCUACCUGCAAGCUUCAGUAUAGCAGCUCUCAUCAGCCCAGUCUUCACUGGUUGGCUGUCUGAUCCCGCAUCGACCUAUCCUAAUAGGUUCGGUCACAUCGAAUGGCUGAGGCGCUACACCCAUAGCCUCCCAUCUUUACUCAGUGCGCUGCUUCUGAUGGUGACCUCCAUAGCCGUUCUCUUAACACUUCGAGAGACCCUUGAGAGCUACGACCCAAAAUUACAAUCAGCUGCCCUGCUACGAGCGUGGAACGGUAUAAUUCGUUCGGUCGGGAGAAUGAACGGUCGAGGCUACUCGCCGCUGGCUUCAGAGGAGCCGUGUGACACUAGAUAUGACAGGACACGCCUGUAUGAAAAAGAGUCAUCUAAGCUUCCUUGCCCAGAAUCCAAGCCACCCUUUCGCCAUAUCUGGACACGUAAUGUAGUCCUCACCAUGAUAUCUCUGGCAUUCUUUGAGUUCCACUUAGGGGCAUUUGGUAGUGCAUGGCCUCUGCUACUUUCGGGUACUAGAGAGUCCAGCGCCGGUGUGGACGAUCUUCACCAAAGCCUUAAGGGCGGCUUAGGUCUUUCGCCGCAGAAUCUAGGCUACACAAUGGCAUUUGCUGGGCUGGCUGGCCUCUUGCUUCAAUUCUUAUUUUAUCCUGCUGUUCACAAGCAAUGGGGGACAUUGAAGUGUUAUCGUUUAUUCUCACUGCUAUUUCCAAUAGUCUACGUGACGUCGCCGUUCCUGCUUGUCAUGGCGGGCUCAUCCGCGACGCCGAUUGAGGCAUUCACUUGGAUCUUCAUUCUCAUUUUGUUGUUCAUCCACAGUACUAGCCGCAUAUUUUGCGUGCCUGCUUCUAUCAUGCUCCUGAAUAAUUGCUCACCACAUCCGUCAGUGCUUGGUAUUGUCCACGGCAUCGGUCAAGCUACAGCGGCUGGAUUUCGAACACUUGGUCCCGUAUGUGCGGGAUAUUUGCAUGGGAUUGCAAUCGCAAAUGACACUAUCGGUCUCAGUUUGUGGGUAACAUCUGCAACGGCAAUUCUCGCUUGGUUGGUAUCGCUAGUGAUACGUGAAGGUUCGGGGCAUGAAAUUGCUUUGCUUAGUGAGGACGAUUCCUAUGAUGGUGAGAUAAAGUCUACGGAAAGGGACAAAGUGUAG